CGUGCAGUGCCACGCUUGUACAAUCAUUCCCAGUGCACAGCAGGGUUCUGCGCACACCAGCGUUCGUGUUGCACAAUUGUCCUUGGUGCACGGGAGGCAGUUUCUGCCUGCACCGGGGUUUCUGGGUUUCUGUUGCACCAACAUAUGGCCAUCCUGCUCUACACGGAGCCAUGUCCCAGCAACUCGUUGCACACCGAUCUGCAAACACCCCCUUGCACGCUUCCCCACAUGUCAGCGCUGUGUUGGGCAGUGAUCCUGGCACCUCACUGCACGCUAGCAACUUCAUUGCACACCGGUCCAUGCACACCUGGGGUGUGUCCUUGCACAUCCACUCCCCAUCGCACAGGCAUCCUUGCACACCCGCUCCCCGUCGCACAGACGUUCCUGCGCACCAGCCCCCUUUUGCACAGGGGUCCCACCACAUCCCGUGCCUGUUACGUGAGGGUCCUUGCACACCCAUGCCCGUCUCACGAGGGCCCUUGCACACCCAUCACAGGGGGAGGUCCUUGCACCCUGGAAAUGGUCAGGGUCAGGUUGGGCUCACAGCAACCUGGCUGUGGUGAGGAUGGCCCUGCUCGUGUUGGAACCAGAUGACCUUUAAGGUCCUCGUGAUUUCGUGAACCGUUCCCUUCUCCGUGCCGCUCCCGUCUGCCAGAUUCGGGGAAUUUCGGUGUUUGCAGCAUUAGUUUUAUCAGGUUUGGGCUUGGGCUUCAGCUCCCGCAGCUGCCAGCACUGAACCAGCCUCUAGAGAGAACAUAAUUAGUCAAACUUCGCCUGUAGCAUGCACGCGGGUUCUUGCACGCCCACGCCUGUUGCAGGGAGGGUCCUCGUGCACCGUGGGAGCUGCGUGGGAACCGGAGGUGGCCUUGAGGCGGCUCAGCAGCAGCCAAAACACCCCAGCCGUAUCGGACGCUGGCUGUUUUGCUCCAGAACCCAAGGCUGCUGCCAAGAAAAAUAACUCUGUGCUGGCCAGAGCAGUGCAGGGGGGUCUUGCACAACCACCACGAUCGCACGAGGGUCCCUGCACAGCUGGUCCCAUCGCACGAGGGUCCCUGUGCAGCUGCCCCUCAUCACACAGGGGUCCCUGCACAAUCGCUGUCAUUGCACGGAGGUACCCCUCACACGCACACACCCCGUUCCACGGGGUCCCUGCACACCAACCCAAUUGCACAAAGCUCCUCGUGUGCUGGUCCCCCAUUGCACGGGGGUCUUUGCACACUGACCCCCCAUUGCACAAGGCUCCCCGUGCACCCGCCCCCUAUCGCACGGGGGUCCCUGCGCGAUCGACAGCAUUGCACGGGGAUCCUUGCACAAUCACCACCAUUGCACGGAGGUCCUUGCACAAUCGCCGCCUUUGCACGGGGGUCCCUGCACAGCCGCCCCCGCUGCACCAGGCCCGGUGCGCAUGCGCGCACGCCCCCGACCGAGGACUACAACUCCCGGCGUGCCCCGCGCGGACGGACCGGUGGAGCCGCGCGCUGAUUGGCUGCGGAGGAUAUUUGAACGGGGCGCGCGGCGGGGCCUGCACCCAGGGGGCAGCGGAGCGGCCCUGCCCGAGUCCCCAGCCUGGUGUCAGGUAUGAAGCACCUCAAAGGAGCUGAUUUUGCCACCCGGAUGGACAGCGGGGAGGGCAUGGAUGAGCAGCUCACCGAACUGUGGGAAUGCCUCUCCUGCAGCCAGGGAGAUGCCUCCGACACCAGCCAGGCCUCCCGGCUGCGGAAAAGCCAGGUCUGCGACCGAGUCCUGCGGAUUUGCGUCGAGCGGAUGGCCGAACCUGGGGGCUCCCCGGCACACGCUGCCAGCCUGGUGGCUGUGGCCGAGGCGGCGUGCCAGGGCUACCUAACCGCCGUGCUGCAGCCUGCUCCCCUCUACCUGGAGAAGAUCCUCUACCACCUGCUGAGGAACACGGCCGGCCGGGGGAGCGGCCAUGCCUGCUGGAGGGUGGCCGAUCUCCUCCGUGCCCGGCUUCUGACCUACCGCCCCGGCCAGGUGCCCUCCAAGGACUUCACGGCCAUCGCCUACAGCAGCUUCAGCGUGCUCUGGAGAGGAGCGGACGCCCUGGCCGAGCCCGAUCAGCCCCAGGAGGAGGGUAGAGCCGUCCUCUCAGUCCGUCUGCGAGCCCUGCGCUUCCUCUUGCUGCUGGAGGAGGACGGGACGGCCUUGCUGCCGCUGCAGCCCCCCUUCUUCACCUCCCAGACGGCGCAGCAGGCAGCUGCCGCCGCUGCCUUGUAUGAAGCCCAGCGGACGCAGCCCUCGACUUUCCUCAGCCAACAGCUCGGGGACUGUUUGCUUGCAGCUCUGCAAAAGGAGGCGACGGAGCCGCCCACCCUCCAGCAAUCCCUCUGCUUCUUCGAGCUCACCCAGGAGCAGUGCCGGCACCUCUGCAAGAGCGGCUGGCACAGGAAAGCUGAGGCGGCGAUAAAGGACGCGAGGGGCUUCCUGGGGGUCAUGGCCAGCUCUGCGAAAUCUUUUAGUGACCCCUUGUCUCUCCUGGAGGCCGGGGUUCAGCUGAGCCGGGUGCUGGCCGAGAGCAGUGGCUCAGCGGGGCCACCCUUAUCCCAGGCUGCGGCAGCUCUUGACGCAGUGGCGGAAGCCUCGGAGCCAUUUCUCAGGGUGCUGGCUGAGACCUGCCAGUUCAUCGUCUCCUUCCUUGGCGAGUAUGCGAAGAGGAGCAAGCAGCAGUCCUUUGGCCGGGAGGACACGCUCAGCCUUUGUGUCUUCACCGAGGGGCACUGCCGUGUCCUCCGCCAGCUGCUGGAGAGGAUUCCUCCUGACGGUGUCAAACAGAAGCUCAUGGUGAAGCAGCUGCUUUACCGCAACUUCCAGCUCUUUGCCAGCGUGACGUACGAGGCCUUCCAGUGCUCCCAGCCACUGCCGGGCUGGCCAGGUCUGAAGCGGCUGACGAUGGGCUGCGAGAGGAGCGUGGCGUGGAUGCUGGAGGCGUUGGAGGGGCUCCCUGAGAGUGAGCGAGCCAAGUACCUCGACAUCACCGUGUCGUGCACAUUCAAGCUGGCUUACAUCUUCUACAGCCAGAACCUUCACGAGGAGGCCAGCUCCGUCUGCAAGCUCCUCUGCAAGAGGCUGCAGACAGCAGAUGCCUACGCGUGUCCAGAGAUUCCCCCGGAGAGGCUGCACAAAUGCUUCAGGCUGCAGGUAGAAAGCUACCGCAAGCUGGGGCAGCUGGAGAGAGCCCUGGCAUGCGUGGUGCAGUGGUUGGCAGCGCUGCGGGGCCGUAUCGGGGAGCUGCUGGCAGAGCCCGUCUCCCUCUGGGUCAGAGUCAAAACGGAUGCUGCGAAACAGGGGGCUGAGGAGUUACGGUUACGAACCCUGAAGGAUGGCUUGGAGGGGCACAGCCUGGACACAGAGACCUUGAUCACUGUCCUCUUUGCGGAGUUGAAGGCCUACAAGACUGUCCGAGCUGACACGGGGCAGGAACGCUACAACGUCCUCUGCGAUCUGCUAGAAAUCUGCUCGGAGGAGAGCGGCCGCCUGCACGAGCGAGCCAUCUGCUUGACGGAGCUGGCCCAGGUCUUGUGCUACCACAGCUAUGCCCAGCAGACAGACUGCUCCUCCCUGGACUCAGUCCGUGAAGCCUUACGGCUGCUGGAGUUGGUACCCAGGAGCGCCCAGAACCAGGACCGGCUUCUCGACAGCCAGGCGCAGGCUCUGCUCUGGCUCUACAUCUGCACCCUGGAGUCCAAGCUGGAGAAGAGCAUAGAGAGGGACCAGAGAACCAAAGCUCAGGGGCUAAAGAACCUGGAUGACUUUGAGCCCAAUGACCUCAACUACGAAGGCAGGCUGCUGGAGGACAGGUUCCUGUUUGACGGCAUCUCCUUCAACCUGGCAACAGACACCGCUCUGUCCAAAAACCUGGAUGACGCCUUUGCCUUGUGGAAGCAGCUCCUGGCAACGCCAGGCGUCCCGGCCGUGCGCAGCCUCGAGCAGACUGUAGCCUCCCUUCACCUCCUGGCAGUUCUGUACAAGCUGAUGGCCAAGCCCCUGCAAGCCAUGGAGAGCUACCUCCUGGUCAGAGCCCUGUGCGGCACGCUCGGGGACAGCCUGGGCAUGGCCGGCGCCCUGUGCCAGGUCACCAAGCUGCUCUUCCAGCUGGAGUGUCCCAGCUACGCCCAGCUUUUCCUGGAGGAGACAGAGUCCUGCCUGCAGAAAGCAGACAGCAGCGAUGAUUCCUACCUGCUGCUGCAGCAAACCUGCCUCCUGCUCCGCAGCCAGCUGUGCUGUGUCAACCACCGGAUUGAAGAGGGUCUCACUCUGUUGCUGGAGGUGCUCCAAAACCCGGCUCUGCAAAAAAUCACAAAGGUUUGGUACCUGCUGCGAGCCCAUGUCCUUCAGCUGGUGGCCUUCUACCUGAGCCUCCCCCCUGCCCGCCUCUCGCUGAAGCUCCGGCAGCAGAUCUUUGUGCAAGGGUGGAAAACGCCUGAGACGGCUCUCGCCGAAGCCCAGAAACUUUUCCGCAGCAUCAUCCUCCUCCUGAUGGGCAGCGACAUGCUGGGCUGUCAGACAACGGCAUCCGAUGUCCAAUUUGUAGAUUAUGGGGACAACCUGCUGCUGAAGUGGCAAGUGCUGGCCGACAUGUUGGCCUGCUCGGAGCAGCUCGUGGCUCUCCUCAGCAGGUUGGAGGUGGUUUGUAAAGCCAAAGCCUUCUGCUUGGAGGCCGUCAAGCUGGCCGUGAAACUACAAGCCAUCCGGUGGUGUACCUCCUUCCUGGUGCUUAAGGCACAGCUGGAGCUGCAGCAGAGCGAGCUGGAGCUGAGCCACUUUGACCUGCAGAAGGCUCUCUUCCUCCUGGAGUCCGACACCGAGUUUAAAGCCAGCAAGCAGCAGAAAGGGCAGACGAAGAUCCUGCCCAAGAAGGGCAAACUCGAGGGCAAGAAGCCACGGGAACCCAUCUCUGAGCCCCCCGGGGAAGAGGAGGAUUUCCUGAAGGGACCCGCGCUGGAGUUUGUGGCCACGGUGAGUGGGCCGGAGAAGGCAGAUGCUCUCACAGCCUCACCGGAGCUGAAGCCCAAGAGGAGGAAGAGACUGGCCUUCAUCACCCACCCGGCAGCCUGCCCGUGCUGUCUCUGCUCCGACCUGGCUCUCUCGGCUCUCUGCCUGCGCUGGCUCCUCUCCUGCGCCCAGGGCGAGCUGGCAGCAGGCAGCACGGCUGAGGGGCUAGGUCUGAUCCACGCCACGCUGCCACGCUGCACUGCCGUGGCCGCCCGCUUUGCCGCCGUGCUGCGAGACAAGCUGUGGGGCGGCUCCGUUGACCGGGAUCUGCCUGUGCUGGACCUGCUGGCCGAUCUGGUGGCCACCGGCUACACCACAUUAGCCCUUGAGAGCCUGGCCAGCCCCCAGCUAGCAGAGGAGCUGCAGGAGGAGCUGGAGACUGGGUUAACCUUCCUAGCAUCAUGCAGACCCCACCUGCCCAGCCUGGAGAUCUCCAGGGCCAACCUGCUGCUCACCAAAGCCAUGGCCACCAUUUGCCGCCUGGCUUCCAAGCACAACAACUCUGUGGAUGGCGUCUUUGCUGGCUCUUGGACCUUACAGCUGCCCACGUUGCCUCCAUCGGAGCCUGAAGUGGUGGCCGUGCCUCGGACCCUCAAAAUGAACAAGGUUCAACCCCAAAGGCACAAAACCAAGACAGUCGUGGCCCCUGCUGUGCCCAAGCCCAGAGCGAAGAAGAGCCAGAGAGCAAAACCCCCGGCUGUGCCGAACACCGACGAUGUCUUUUCUCUGGGUGACUCGGACAGCGAGGUGCCCCCCAUCAUCAUCCGGCCGGUGACAGUGCCCUGCACCCCGCACCAGAAGGCCUGUCUCCCCGCCAAGGCGCGUGCAGCCCCCGGCUCCAGGACUCCCUUCACCAUCUUCAGCGAACCCUCCCCACCAGACGGCAAAUCCCGGCUCCUGCGAGCACCCAAAGUCUUGGGGAAAGUUAAGUCUCGCCUAAAGGUGACAUUCAGCGAUGACAGCGACACGGAGGAUCCCGAAGCGGGGCUGACCACUGCAGCUACCACCCGCAAGACAUCCUGUGCCCGGAAAGUUCCGCCCCCCAAAUCCACGAGGUCCCAGGCGAACUCGCUGGGGGGCAGCGGCCAGAGCAGCAGUGCCCGACCCCGGAGAGGGCGGCCAGGUCCCCGCCGAGCCGGGGCUGUGGAGGAGAAGAGGGAACGGGCGACCCGCAGGACUCCUGGCAAGAGAACGGAGGAGGAUCGGGAGCUUCUGAGGGCUAUUGAGGAAGAGAAGGUGGAGGAAGAACUCGAGAUCAGCUUCGAGGUCUUGCGGGUGUCUGAGGAAGAGGAGGGAGCUCUAGGCAGGAGACGACUGCCUGGGCGCAGGCAGGAGGGCGCAGGCAGCAAGCACGAGGUCGGCGAGGAUGUCCUGGCAGCGCAGUGGCCGGGCAGCAGGGACCCCCCGCACCCAGAGCAGACCCUCUCCUCUGCCCUGCCAGCAGCUGGUGAUGUUUCCUCACUGGACACGGUCCUUGAGCUCCUGAAAGAUGCUUUCAACUGCAUCAGCCACUGCCCUCCCAGCGCGCUCUACAGCCAGCUCUGCCAGCUCCUGGCUCUGGCCACGGGGAACCAGGAUCCCCUCUCCACCGCGUACCUGCUCUCCGAGUCGGUCUCCGUCACCACUCGCCAUCAGCUGCUCAGUGUCAUCCACAGAAAGAUUCACAAAGAGAAGAAGUCGGCAGGUGAUGUGGCCGAGCAGCUCCGCGGGCUCUCCUUGCAGGAGGGGAGCGCUGCCCAGCGCUGCCACCACCUCACCGAGCUCCAGAGACUCUUCGUGUUCAGCUCCGCAGGGCUGGGGUCUGGGGAGCAGGAUGGCUUCCGGACGCAGCUGCAGCAGAUCCCCAGCGGGGUGACAGUGUGUGUGUUGACCCUUGCCAGCAUCCAGCCUGGCUUCGUGGGGGACACGCUGCUUCUGACGCGGUUGGAGAAGGACACCGCUCCCGUGAACAUCCGCAUCCCCACGGCGCUCGAUAAGGCCCCGUUGCGCUCAGUGCUGAGCGACUUCGAUGCCAUCCAGAAAGAGCAGAAGGAAGCCAACAGUUGUACAGACAAACAAAACUGGUGGCUGCGCCGCUCCGAGCUGGACCGCAGGAUGAAGAGCCUCAUCGAGACCCUGGAGACGCAGGUGCUGGGCUGCUGGAGGGGGACCCUGAUCCCCACCGGCCCCGAGCCCGCUCUGGCAGAGGAAGCUGCCAACUUGCACCCGCAGCUCCGCCAGUGCGGCUGGAGGGACUCGGAUCCCACCCUGCUCAAGGUGGUGCUGAACGCCGCUCCCCUCCUGACCCCCCACGAUGUGCAAGCCCUGGCCUUCUGCCUCUGCCCCGUGCAGCCCCGCAAGGCUCAGCUCCUCUUGCAGGAAGCGGUGGAGAAGGGGAAAGCCUGCGCCAAGCAGACCGGCGGCUCCCUUGUCCUGGUUCUGGAUAAGCACCUGCAGAAGCUGCCCUGGGAGAGCAUGGCGUGCCUGAAGGCUGUGCCCGUAACCAGGCUCCCUUCCCUGCGCUUCCUGCUCAGCUACUCCCUGGGACAGGAGCAGCGGGCAGGGUCUGUGCUGAGCCGCGGCGUGAACCCCAGCAGCACCUUCUACGUCCUCAACCCCCACAGCAACCUCCUGGGCACCGAGGAACGAUUUCGGGGCUGGUUUGAGAGCGAACCCGGCUGGAGGGGGGUGACAGGAACCGUCCCCAGCCCGCAGCAGAUGCAGGCAGCCCUCCUGGAGCACGACCUCUACAUCUACGCGGGGCACGGAGCAGGCGCCCGUUUGCUGGACGGCCAGACCAUCUCCCGCCUGAAUUGCCGUGCCGUCGCCUUGCUCUUUGGCUGCAGCAGCGCCGCGCUCGCUGUCCGUGGCAGCCUGGAGGGCUCCGGCAUCGUCCUCAAGUACAUCAUGGCUGGCUGCCCCUUUGUCCUGGGGAACCUGUGGGACGUGACGGACCGGGACAUCGACCGCUACGCCCAGGCGCUGCUGCAGGGCUGGCUGAGGGGGGGCUCGGGUGCCCCACUCCUCUCCUACGUCGCCCAGGCACGCCAAGCCCCCAAACUCAAGUACCUCAUCGGGGCGGCCCCCGUCGUCUACGGGCUGCCGGUCUGCCUGCAGUGAGGGCUGGGGGGCUGCGUGUGGCUGUGUUUGCGACUGCUUGAGUUUAUUUUAACAAAACUGUUUUUAUUCGCGGGUCCUGCAACAAUAAAGCUG